AUGGCUGGGCUUUCUUCAAAUCGCAAGCAGCGGUCAAAAACGACUGGUCUCAAAAGAACAGCCAAAGAACAACUAUCGCAAUCAGUUCAACAGCGGAAGAGAAAACAUAGAGAUCCACAUUUAGACCUCCAUCAGUCAAGAGACGAAGUCAAUCCCAAGAUGAUGGGUGGCGUUCAUAGCUCGAAAGUAAUAUGUGAAACGAGUCAGAGUACAACACCGUCGCUCGAGUUGUGGAAAGCGAGUGAUGGCAUGUCGAGCGAGACCUUAGCAGAGGCGUAUGGUUUAGGCAUCAAGAAAACUCCUACGAUGCUUGCGUCCCACAAUGACAAGGUCAAUCAUGGUCUUUCUUCGGGUAUCGAUAUUGGCAAGUACGUUGCAAUUGACUGCGAAAUGGUUGGAAUCGGCCCAGGUGGACAUCAAUCAGCCCUUGCGCGAGUUAGUCUUGUCGACUUCCAUGGACGACAACUUUAUGAUUCCUUUGUGAAACAAAAGGAAAAGGUAACAGAUUGGAGGAGUUCCAUAAGUGGUGUUUCUCCGCGAGACAUGAGGUUCGCCCGGCAGUUUGAAGAUGUGCAAAAUGAAGUUUUCAGCCUCAUUAAUGGGCGAGUUUUGGUGGGCCAUGAUUUAAGGCAUGAUUUAGAUGCUCUCAAGUUAACCCAUCCUCCCAAGGAUGUUCGAGACACGGCCAAGCACCAAACAUUCAAGAAGUAUAGCCACGGGAGAAAGCCCGCGCUUCGAAUUUUAGCCCGAGAACUCCUUGGGGUUGAAAUACAACAAGGUCCCCAUUCUAGCACCGAGGAUGCACGCGUCACUAUGCUUCUUUUUCGCAAACACAAGUCACAGUUCGAUAUUGACCAUGCAAAUCGCUAUCUAUCAAAAACCAUUCCAAUCAAGGCCAAAGAUUUGAAGAAAUCUAACCAAAAAAUCUCAUCAAACAAGUCGUGUGAUAAAUCGGGGCUCUCUCGAAGGGAAAUUUCUGCGGCCUCCUCUUGUCUUCAGUCAGCCACUGUCACAUAG